CACUCGAGAGGUUCCGAUUGAUAUCUGUUUACACCGGAAGUUAAUAUAAAGUGAAACAAAAAGUCACUGGACAUGACUAUAAAUAUGAGCCUUGAAAAGGCUACAGUUUUUGUUAUCGUAAACAAUAUUCCGCGUGAUUAUCAUUCAUCAGAUUUAAGAAAUUUCUUUUCUCAGUUCAUAGAGACCAAUGGAUUUAAAUGUUUCCACUUUAGACAUCGACCUGAGGUCCAGUUAAAAAAACGUCAAGCAAACGACCCAGUUCCUGCUGCGAAUACAAACACUAACACAUGUUGUUGUGUUGUUAAAGUUUUUAGAGACAGAUUUGAGGAAUUUUAUAAGAUGUAUCAUAGAAAACACUGGUUAGACAGCAAUGGAGAAUCAGUUCCCAAAAUCUGUCACGUUUCAAAAGUUCGAAUACAACAAUUGGAGGAAUUGUCUUCAAAGUACAAGACGAGAGGGGAUUUGAAAGAAGUUCCACAUGACAGAGAAGCAUUCACAGAAGAAGAUUUAAUGGGACUUCCAGAGUUACAUCCCCCUGCAGCAAUGCCAAACGGUAAUGUAGGAACACCAACAGCUGUUUUCAUGGAUGCUAUUCGUCAAUGUAAACUUCCGCCUGUUGUGAUUAAAAAAUUAGGACUUAAGUUCCCUAAGACUAGAGUAAAAAACAGAUACGGAAAUGUUUCUUUUGAUUAUGGUGGUGAAAUAGAGGAAGUGCAGGAUGCAGAACCUGCUGUAGAGAAUGUGUUAUCUGGUAGUGGGCAUAGACUUGUGAGUGAGGAGGACUAUGAAGAUAAGACUGAUAGUCCAGACCAACAGAAACCAAUGAUAUACAGUAGAGUUACCAGGAAAGACCCGGAGACCCAGAGAAGAAUGGAGAUGAACAUUGAGGAGAAUAUGAUACAUAAGGAAGGCAGUGACUCGGAACAUGAUGAGGACAGUUGUGAGGAGUGGGAGAGGCAUGAGGCACUUACAGAUGACCCAACAAACCAAGAGAGAAACAAAGAUCGCUUGUUUGAGGAGGAGAUAGAACUGAAGUGGGAGAAGGGAGGGAGUGGACUGGUGUUCUACACAGAUGCCCAGUACUGGCAGGAGCAAGAAGGAGACUUUGAUGAACAAACAACAGAUGACUGGGACGUAGACAUGAGUGUGUAUUAUGAGGAAGGAGCAGGAGACAAGGAUGCCCGAGAUCAUGUGACCAUGAGACAAGAAAAACGGCGGCGGGAUGGGGAAGAGGCUACAGACAGGUUCACAUUGGGCAUUGGUAAAAAGCUUAAAGCUCCCAAGGAAGAUCACAAAAUAGGAAAGUUUGAAUCUCAUACCAAAGGAGUGGGAAGGAAGAUCCUAGAAAAGCAGGGCUGGCAAGAAGGGGAGGGAUUAGGAUCUUCAGUCAAAGGGAUUGCCGAGGCCUUGGAGAAUGAUGGGCAAAAUCCUAGAGAGAGAAAAGGAUUCGGAUACAGGGGUGAAAAGCUGGUCAGGCCAAAAGGAAGACCUCAAAGAGCUGAGAGGGAGGUUCUAAUUUCUACUGUGUAUGAUGAUCACUCCAAGACAGACCCGCAGGAACCGCUGCUGAGAAGGGGUCAUCAUUAUCACAUCAAGUACCGGGACAGGGUAGACUUUACCAAACCACAGGAAAGCCAGGGAUUUAUUGAUAACUGAAGACUGCAAUAAAACCUCAGUAUUGAUAUUCAAUCAAAGAUGUAACAAUUGACAUGCAAUGAAUUCAUUUAUCAUUAGAUUAUUGGCAAUUAUCUUUUUUUUUAUCAGGGGAAGUAUGUGUAAUAGAUAUUGUGAUGUUAAAAUUAAAAUAACAUUAAACAAGCAUCGAUUUUUGCUUCCACCAGGAUUUUGUGUUUACCAGAGUGUUUGUCUUCAAGUUAAUCUGGACAAAUUUCAGUAUGAAUUUGAUGUUGGGACAGAUGCGCAGGUUUGAAUCACAUUAUAUCGUUUUAAUGUAUGUCAAUGUUAUAAUUUUUAGCUCACCUUAGCUGAAAUUUCCAGUGAGUUUUUCCGAUUGCAUUUUGUCCAGCAUCUGUCUGUAAACUUUCAACAUUUUCCAUUAGCUAAGAUGCUGUAGGGGAGGAGGUCCCAGUUUCAAUGCUAUGUUUAUUUCUAGGAAAGAAUUAUUAUGCUUCAAUAAAUUUUGCAAGUAACAGUUUUACUUGAAACUAAA